GCAUUUCUACGAACAGUUUGCACUCAUCUUCCAUUUACAUUCCCGCAGCAUUCCAUCCCCUACUGCAUUCACCCCUAAAUACAUUCAGUCAUCUCCACAUCAUUACGACUGGAUUCAUAGCAUGAUAUAAGGAUUGAAUUCCCGUAACAAAAUCCUCCAGCCUUCUUUUCUAGAUAAAUGGAAAAUUGAAUCCAUCUGUGUGAAUUUUGUUCGUUAUUUUUGGGUGAAAGUGAUGCUGCACACACGCUCUCUACCCUCGCUCGCUAGACCGUCUCCUCUCUUCUCCGUCUUCUUCAAAUUCCCAUUUGCAGUCCACUUCAGCAACACUCGCCGUCCUCUUCUCAGCCACUGCGCCACCGCUCAUUUAUUUACCAAGCCUAUACUCGUUAAUGCUGCUUUCCCUUGCUUCUCUAUGAACAAAGUAAACCAUCACUACCUGUCAACUCUCUGCACUGCCACUCCACCGACCCACGAUUCCCAUACUCUAUUGCCUACCAAUUCUAUGCUUUCCAACAAAUCCAAGAAAAAAGCACGCUACGAUUCGCCUGAGGGAGUGCUUAGAAAGAAGCUAGAUAUGUGUUCAAAGCGUGGCGACAUUGUUGAAGCGCUUCAGCUUUACAACGAGGCACGGCAGAGUGGGGUUCAGCUUAGCCAACACCAUUACAAUGUGUUGCUCUAUCUGUGCUCUUCUUCAGAUGGAGGUUUGGGUCUGGAUAGGGGUUUUGAGAUAUUUCGGCAAAUGUUAAUGGAUAAAGUUGUGCCCAAUGAGGCCACAUUUACUAGUGUUGCGAGGAUUUAUGCUGCCAUGGAAGACCCUGAGAUGGCUUUUGAUUUGGUCCAGCAGAUGAAGGGCUUUGGUAUUGAACCCAAGUUGAGGUCAUAUGGCCCGGCCUUAUUUGGGUUCUGUGAGAAGGGAAUGGCGGAUAGAGCUUAUGAAGUCGAUGCUGAUAUGGGUGCAUCUGGGCUGGUGGCUGAGGAGGCUGAACUGUCUGCGAUUUUGAAAGUGAGUGCCAAUGCCAAGAGGGCAGACAAGGUUUAUGAGAUGAUGCACAGGUUACGAGGCACAGUGAGGCAAGUCUCCGAGCUGACUGCUGAGAUUAUUGAGAAUUGGUUUAAAUGUGAAGAGGCCGCUAAAGUUGGGGAGGAGACUUGGGAUGUGAGUAAAGUCAGGGAGGGAAUUGUGAAGGGAGGUGGAGGUUGGCAUGGCCAGGGGUGGCUGGGCAGUGGGGAUUGGAGAGUGACAAGGACUCACAUGGAUGAGACUGGCAUUUGUCGUUCAUGUGGCGAAAAACUUGUUUGUAUUGAUAUUGAUCCGAAGGAGACAGAAAAUUUUGCUGUCUCAUUAACCAACUUGGCUUGCCAAAGAGAGGUUAGGGCGAAUUUUGUUCGGUUCCAGGAGUGGCUUCAGCAGCGGGCUCCAUUUGAUGCUGUUGUAGAUGGUGCCAAUGUGUCUAUGAACCAGCAUAAUUUCAGCUUUUUCCAGCUUAAUUCUAUUGUAAAAAAACUACGUCAAAUGAGUCCUUCGAAGAGAUUGCCCCUUAUUAUUUUGCAUAAAAAUCGUGUAACUGGUGGUCCUGCUCAACACCCGAAUAACAAGAAGUUGAUAGAGAUUUGGAAAAAGUCUGGCGCGCUUUAUGUUACUCCUCCUGGUUCAAAUGAUGACUGGUACUGGUUAUAUGCAGCUGUUACUUGUAAGUGUUUACUGGUCACAAAUGAUGAGAUGAGGGACCACUUGUUCCAACUGCUAGGGACUAGCUUUUUUCCAAGAUGGAAGGAAAAGCAUCAGGUUCGACUGUCAUUCUCAUCAGAGUGCGGGCCCACUCUCCACAUGCCUCCCCCUUAUUCAAAUGUUCUUCAGGAGUCAGAAAGGGGUAGUUGGCAUGUUCCAACGAUCACAGGCGAUGAUGUUGAGUCCCCAAGACAGUGGUUGUGUGCCAAUAGAGCCAGGAACAAAUAAUUGCAUCAUAUCUGAAGACAGUUUCCCAUGUGUUACAGAGGCAGGCUCAUGUUGUCUUUUGCGACAGUAAUUUUUACAUUAAUAAUAUAUAUAUAUAUAUAUAUAUAUCCUAUUGUUAAUACGUGGAUGAA